CACUUUUGUUGACUGUGGGAGGGAUUAUAGUGCCGUACCAUCAGUAUUUACUUCACAGACAGCUUUCCUCAUCGACACCAAGCGCUCUUUUAAAGAAGCAAGUAAUAUCUCCCUUUCCCACCCCAAAGCGAGUGAAUAUCAACUGUUCCUUCAGUUCACCAGAACAGCAUCCCAUCAUGAACUCCAAGCUAAGUGAGACUCAACAGAAAGAAAUCUGCUCCCAGAUGGGACAUGUUCAACUGAAACUGCUCUACAAAGCCACUGUCCAUGGUUACACUGCUUAUGCCUUUCACCAGCAAUGUGACAGCCUGUCACCCACUGUGUCUGUGGGCUACAAUGUCUCUGGUUACAUUUUUGGAGGCUACACCAGAACACCUUUUAAUCAGUCUGGACAGUAUGCCAACGAUGACCAGGCGUUUCUUUUUACUUUUGAGGGAAGAAAACUCAUCAAAUAUCCGGUUGCCAAUGCUACAUACGCUGUUAAAAUGAUGAACAACUGUGGUCCUUAUUUUGGAGAAUCCCUGAUUCUUGUUAAUACAAGCAAACCAAUUGUACACAGCAACGCAGCAAGUUAUUACCCAUUUAAUGCUGCACAGAUGCAUGGAAAUGACUUGAACUUGAUAGACUGUGAGGUCUACCAGGUGGUGGAGCUGACUAAAUUUGAGGAUCCAUGGCGGACUGUAACCUGGAACCUUGAACACAAGCUGGAGCUGAUGAAUUACAUAGAAAACUACAAACCCCUCAGUUCUGUGCCCCAGGCUCGGGUUUUACUCAUUGGACCUGUUGGAGUUGGAAAGUCCAGCUUCUUCAACUCUAUCAACUCUGCAUUCAGAGGCCAUGUCACCAACCAGGCCAUGUCUGGUUGUUCCUCCACCAGCCUCACCACCCAGUUUCGAACUUACUCACUGAAAGCUGGAAGAGAAGGCAGACUUCUGCCGGUCGUCCUGUGUGACACGAUGGGACUGGAGAGCAGCAACGACACAGGCCUUGAUAUAGAAGAUAUAACUAGCAUCCUCAGAGGUCAUCUGCCUGACGGUUACCAGUUCAACCCUGGUACUCCCCUGGAUCCUGAAGCUAGAGGCUAUCGCAAGUCUCCAAGUCUCAAAGACAAGAUCCACUGUGUCACAUACGUACUUGAUGCCUGCAACAUCUCCAUUAUGCCCGCAAAGAUGGAGGAGAAGCUGAGAGCAAUCCGCAAAAAGACCAACCAUCUACGGAUUCCUCAGCUGGUUGUACUGACCAAAGUUGAUGCAGCCUGUUCCUUAGUGAAGGAGGACCUGACAAACGUCUAUCAGAGCAUCUACAUCAAGGAAAUAAUGCAACAGGCCAGCACAAAGCUCGGCAUACCGCUGAGUUGCAUUGUUCCAGUGAGGAACUACACCGAGACGUUGGAUCUAGACGUCAACUGUGACAUCCUGCUGCUCAGUGCCAUCAUCCAGAUGCUUCGAUCGGCGGACAAUUUUUAUGAUGAUUUCAGCGACCAACUGAGCGCGCUUCAAACUAAGGAAUAAGAUUUUGAAAAAGCAGAUACAACAGAUCAACUGCUGUAAAUCCUAAAAUUUUACCUAUGUAUUUUUUACCCACAUAGGCUUAAUGUUCUACAAAAUAAAAUAUCCCAUGUAUCAAUGCAUUUAAUUUUCAUUUCAAGCUUGAAAAGCUAAACAUAUAAAUCUAACUUUCAGCAUAUUAUUGUUACUAUUCCAUUUAGCUGUUCUCCCUGGAAAUAUUGUUCACCAAAAAGCAUGCUUAAACUGCAUCACUGCACAUGUGAGGUUCUGCAUAACCCAACCUAACUGUGGAGUCAUAUAGUGUCGGUUUGAGGCAUGAUCAAACUGCAGACUGGAGCUUCAUCCUGAAGAAAUGUAACAAUGAAACCAAAAAUAACUUACGAGUAUGAGAGGAGAACACACAAGGAGCCAGGCAACAGAAUCCCAGAUAGAUUAUGAAGCGGUAACAGAGGAACCUAUAAUAGUAGUGAGUAAAAUAGAAGGAGGAACUUAAACAGUGACAGGUGUCUAAUUGUUAAAUAUGGUGCAGAUGUGAGAGGAGACAGGCAGGAAACCCAUCCAUCCAUCCAUUUUCUUGACACC